UUCAUCCAAACAGUAGUCAUCUUCUGUAGGGUGCAGAAUUCUUGAAUCCAAUCAUAAUCAGGUAGACUACAGUUUUACAGCGACGAGUGUGUGAGUUAACUAAGGAUUAUCUCCCCUGAACAAAAGACUUUGGUUUUAAACAGGUUGAAUACAACAUGAAACAAGAGCUUGUCUUGAUCACAUUUCUUGUUGGACUGGCCUGCCUCUCAUUUACCUCCGGAGUUUGCAUUGGAGGGUUUGUGGACAUAUGUAAAACACACGUCGAUGAUUGUACUAAAAACUCCUCCUGGUCUGCCAUGUGUACUUUGUACAAGUACCCGACCUACGACAGUGCCUGCUCCACUGACCCCUGUCUGUACUCCAUUGGUGACCACGUCCUGUCCUACUGCCACUGCUUGAGCGACCUGAUCAGGACCAGGGACCUGGCUGGCGCUGAGUACUCAUACCGUGUGCGCUUGGCAGAGGCAGUGUUCCCACACGUCCCAAACAGCAUCUACUACCUCUACUCUGUGUCAGCAGAGGAUGUCAAGCAGGUUGUUCGCUAAACCUACCGGCAGAGCAGGUCAAGCAGGUUGUUCGCUAAACCUACCCGACACAUCAGUCCAAGAUGGCUGUACACUAAACCUUACCGGGAGACAACUGCCAACAAACGAAGCAAAGGAGCAGCAAGCGUUCAACCUGCAAUAUUUUUAUUCUACAGUUGGGUUUCUGCACAUAACAAAUUUUCGUAUUGUUGUAACAUUAUAGUCGAGUUAUUAUGUAUCGAUGCUGGUCACAUAAUAAAGUAUCGUAUAGUUUGAACAAAAUAGUCGAGUUAUCAAGUAUCGAUCCUGGUGAGAAUGUAGACCUAUGACGUCAGAAGUGAGACAUCUUGAUGUGUUAUUGAUGUGAUGAAUUAAGUAGCCAAUAGAAAUGUGCGUAUUAU